GACGGCUGUCAUAACAUUGCAGCAUCGCUUCGAAAACACGAUGAUUUGCACCGAAACUCCCAGCGUUCUUUAAAACCUGUGUCUUAAGAUUUUGUAAAGUAUUUCUGCUUAUUUGUCAUUGUACGAAUGAUUUCGCACAUACUCAGUGCCUUCUUCACCCUUGAAACCCGGCUGUAGUUGUAAGGAUUGCAUCAGAACAAUGGUGACGCUGCUAUUUGGGAAUCCAGUGUACCUUAACUGAAACAAACAUUGGUGAUAAGAAUACGAUGGCUUCCGAAAUCAGUGCAUCCUCAUCAACGAUAGGCAGCAAUCCUGGCAGCGGGACAAGCAACCCUAUGGAACAGGAUCGACCCCAACCAUGCACGGACGAUACUUGCCAAGAAAAGUUUCACAAGGUGCUAACUGCUUUCCUGAACCGCGGAUUUAAGAUCAACAAUGAUGUGUAUCUUGAAAUGAUAAUCAGUCACCUGUCCGGCAAGUAUUGCGAUGACCAUCGUAAAUUUGUCAAGUCUACGGAAGUAUUCCAGUGGCUAGAGAGCAUACUGCAGCAAUGGGAAAGUGAUCGUGCCCCAUCAACAGAUAUUUCCGCCUUCACGCUCCAGCUGCUGGCGAUGAUCGUGGAGAACGAGUGGGAUUUUGCACGGAUUCAAAAUGGAAGCCGGAUGCUGGAUCGUUUUCAGGAGUGUAUUCAGCGUAAUGGGAAGCUACAAAACCCAUCCAUCAAAUUGGGCCACGUGCUGGUGCUGAAGGCAAUCUCUCGCCAUGCAAUGGGCAUGUCGUGGAUCAAGCAAUCCGGCUCUUGGCGGAUUUGUUUGGACUACUACAAUGGUUACCAGACGAUCUACAUAACGCGCGAGACGUCGCUGUUCAUUUACGAGGUGCUGGAGCGCUUCUGUACGAUGGGGGACUACGAAGAGGUGAAGGAAAUCGUGCGCACCAUCCUGUCUCCCCUGAUUGACUGUGUUUGGAAGAGUCCGGAGCAGGACGAUGCGGUGCUGGUGAAUGAUUAUAACUCGCAAAAAAUCAUCUCUCCACUGCUAAACCUCAUGCAAACGCUGUUUCGCAAAAUCAUCGAAUCAAAACAACGCACCCGGGUCGCGUACUUCAUUCUCUACACGUACAAAUUCGAACGCAAUCUCUGGAAGUUUACUGACACCAUGCACGACCAUACGUACCUUGCCAAAAUCUGGCAAACCCACAUCUUCGCCAACUGUGCCCGGUUGUGCACGAUGGAAAUCCCACCGGAGGACACGGUGGCAGUGGAUCUGACCUUCGAUCGGUACACCAUAAACUUUCUAAACUACGUCAACUUUUCCAUCCGACGGGGCAACGUCCAGAACGUGAUGCUGAUGGCCGAAACACACCAUUCCUUGUGGCGCAUUCUUGGCGAUCGCGCUCCGGAAGAGGUUGUGCUGAAAAAUCAGAGUAUUCGUUUUGGCGACCAAAUACUACUGCUGCAGCUCUUUCCGGUCGUUUACGAAAUGCAGUGUUUCGCCACGAAAGAUUUGCCGGAUUAUAUCGAAAAGUUUUGCACACAGCUGUACGACAUUGCGUGCGAGUUUACCAUACGGUUGAUUUACGCCUGUCGGGACAUUUUUCAGGCGUACAAUUUAAAUGUGACCGAGUUGGCAUGUAAAUCAAUUCAAGGAAUUGUGACCACACACAAGCUACCCCGUCCGCGCGCUGUCAUUGCGUUUCAAGCGUUCGUGUACUUGCUGAAGGAGUUCCUUCCCGAUAUGUGCUGCUCGGUCGAGGGAGAAAGAAGCGUCUUCGGCAAGGCGGAUCUUAUGCUAAGCAAACCUAAUCUCCUGUCCGCAAUCAUCAAUGGGUUGAUGUCAUUGAUCGAAAACUUCAAAAUCACCUGGAAAGAGUGCAUCGAAUCGACAGCGAUUGUUAAUUUCAUGUUAAACUUGCUGGCAAACCCCAAUCUUCCUCCGAGGCUGGUCGUGCUAGCACUAAAGCUCACCCAAACCUCCAUCGAGCACUUCCUGGCACCAAACCUUGCCCUGCUGAUGGAUAAUAUCUCUGGAUCGGGACUGGAACAUGUUGGCCACAUAAUCUAUAAACGCCUGCACGAUCUCAGCUGGGAGGCAAGGGAUUCGGCACUCGAGUUGCUCGCAUCGAUUGUCAGCAUAUCGGAAAUCAAAUUUCCCGCUUUUCAAAAGCAUAUUCUCGAUUGUGAUAUCAUCCCGGUUGUAGAAGCUGCAGCAAAGAACGACACUGAAGCGUACGUCCGCGCUUCGGCCCUUCGCUGUCUGACGUUGAUGGUCAAGAUUCGGUUGCUGUGGGAUCAUUCGCUUUCCAAGCUUUCCUUAAUGAAUCACCUGAUCGACGUUAUCGAUAACGAAAGUGAAGGAGUGGUUCGUCGCGAAGCGGUCAAUACGGUAAAGGAAAUCUACGCCAAUCAUAAAAUACAACCGCAAUGUUUGGACAGUGUGUUUUCCGUGCUAGCGUAUGCUGCCGCAAACGAUCUGUACUGGGAGGUGAAGAUUAAUGCGCUUCAGUUUUGGCGCCUGGUUAUGUGCCGACAGUUUCAACAUCAAGGGAUGAUUGACGGAACCUUCCCUGCGGUAACGUUCUCGAAGGAGCAUAAAAAAAUCGUUACACUCACCGAUCGGGAAAUUCAAACACGCCUAAUGAAGGUACUUAAUGAGCUGUCGCUGCGCGGAUGCCUGGGAGUGCUGCUCGCCUGUCUCAAAGACGAUUGUGAUCUGGGAGUGGUCAAAGAAACAAUUGCCAUCAUCGAUAAACUGAUGUCGCAUUUGAACAAGUACAACUUUCUAGACUAUUAUCAAGUUGUUUUGCGGUCUGGAUCUUCCGCAGCACAUCCAUCAAGCGCUAAAGGCGAUUCUUCCGGCCUUUCCCCGGCAAAUGCCAAUGCGGUACAAGGACCAUCAUCUACGAACAGCUCAAAUUCGCAGCAAGCUUCACCUUUGGCAGGGCGAUUGUCGGUUAUCGAUACGAACUACUCCGAGGUGAAACCCCCUGAGCGAUCUUCGAUGGAAGCGGGCUCUUUACAAAAUCAGGCACAAUUGGAUUCGACAGCUGCCGCCGCAACCCAAAGUACCGGGGGGACUGGCACAAUACCUCCACGACAGCAGCGUAGAAACGAUGCUGAUUACAACAGCGGCAAUGUGGCGUGCAGUUCGGCCAAUGCCGACGAAAUCAUUGAUUCUAUUGUGAACCUCAACGAUAUGAACCUACUUUCAGUGACCUACAAUCCUCACAUGACGAACGUGGCGACUGCCUACGGGCGUCAAACGGGCAACGAUUGCGGCUGUGACGAAACACUGCGACAUGUGGACCUUUUCCGACAGUAUGCUUCCGUCAGUGCGGAAGAGUUUUUGCGCUCCGUACAGUCGCUUGAUCUAUCCGCGAUCGUGGCAAGUCGGCAGCGAUGGCUGGAGAACACGGAAAGCUUCGGUUCACUUUUGGACGACGUAUUGUUUUCGUACUACGCAGCCGAGGUUAACGAUGCGGAUUGUUACUGAAGGUGCCUAUGAACAGGGGUUUUUAUUUUUUGUAUUAUUUGUCGUAGUUUGUAAUGUUGGUUAAUGGAUUACCCGCUGGAUUCUUAUCGCAGAUAAGAAAAGAAAAAUUAAAGGACAAUACAAACAUACUUUGUCGAUUUUGAAUGAUGAA